UGACGUAAGAGAAACUAAAAAGAAAAGAGCUGCGUGUUUCUACGUUACCUUUACAGAUCUGAUUUUCAAAAGAAGAACACUACAUACAUACACAAGACAUGGCUGCUGUUGCUGCUGCUGCCAGCGGUCAAAAUACAGAGAAUAGUGUUCUUUGUCCUAUCUGUCUGGAUGUGUUCAAAAAACCUGUGACGACUCCCUGUGGGCACAACUUCUGUCUUGACUGCAUCACAGACUACUGGGAGACCAGCGAUACCGUGAUCAAAUGUCCGCUGUGUAAAGAGAAAUUCUUCAGCAGGCCAAAGCUUCAGGUCAACACUUUAAUUGCUGAGAUUGCCUCAGAGUUGUACAAUCCUCCAAGAUCUCGCGUUACCCCGGAAAAAGCAGGAAAUGGAAAAGUGCUCUGUGAUCGGUGCACGGGUGCAAAGCUCGAGGCCAUCAAGUCCUGCUUGGUGUGUUUCUCGUCUUUCUGUGAGGAACAUCUGAUUCCUCAUCAGAGAAUUCCAGCCAUGAAAAAACACCGGCUGAUCCAACCGGUUCAUGACCUGGAGAGCCGGAUCUGCACGACACAUCACAAUCCUCUGGAACUGUUUUGUAGGGUUGAUCAAAUGUUUGUUUGCGAGACCUGUAAAGACACCAACCAUAAAACGCAUAAAGUAGUGAAUCUGGAGGAUGAGGCCCAACUGAGGAAGAUCAGGCUGGGAACAGACCAAGGAAUCACGGACGAAUUAAUCAAGGAGCGUCAGAGGAAAAUUGACGAGAUCCAAAAGUCAGUAGAGGCGAGCAGGACAAAGGCAGCAAAGGCCCUGUCAUGCAGCGCGCAUUCCAUGACUGCUAUGAUAGACUACAUCAGGAGAAGCCAAGCAGAGUUGGCUGACAUUAUUGAGACAAAGCAGAAUCAAAUUGAAAUGGAGAGAAAUUGCUUAAUCAAAGAGCUGCAAGGAGAAAUUCUACAACUGAGGCGAAGAAAUUCUGAGCUUAAUAAGGUUGAGUUCACCAACGACGCUUUGUGGUCCCUUGAGAACUUUCUGUCUCUCACCUUCACGCAGCCUCAGGUCAAGAAGUGGUCCGACGUGACUUUUGACGGCGAUGAGUUCAGUGAGCAGGGAGCCGUGGCUGCGCUGGAGAGGACUGUGACGAAAGAGAUAAAGAUGCUGUGUGAUCCCGAUUGGAAAGAAAUGCGGCGGCACGCUGUGGAUGUGACUCUGGAUCCGGACACGGCCCACCCUCUCCUCGUGGUCUCUCCAGACGGGAAGCAGGUCGCACGCGGAGACGGAAAGAGGACGCAGCCAAAGAAACCAGAGAGGUUUGACCACGUCCUUAAUGUCCUCGCAAAGGAGGGGUUCUCCUCGGGGAAAUUCUACUACGAGGUCCAGGUUGGAGACAAAACCAACUGGGAUUUAGGAGUCGCAAACCAGUCCAUCAACAGAAAAGGAGACAUCAGACUGAGCCCUCGGAACGGCUACUGGACAAUUUACCUCAGAAAAGGAAAGGAGUUAACGGCCAGCGCCGGACCUGCCGUCAACAUCACUGUGAGGCAGACGCCUAAAAAGGUUGGCGUGUUCGUGCAUUACGAGGUGGGUCAAGUCUCCUUUUACGACGCCGACUCCAGGGCUCUACUCUUCUCCUUCACCGGGUGGAGCUUCACCGAGAAGCUCUUUCCCUUCUUCAGCCCCUGGGGCAACGAUGGCGACAGCAAUCCAGCCCCUUUGAUCAUCACUCCAGUCAAACCCGGCAGCUGAGUUUUUUUUUUUUGUCUGCUGGAUUUGGAGAAACAAAAAGAGACCGGGGACUUGUUGAGAGAUCACAGCGGAGCGCUGAAGCGUUUUGAUCCGUGAAGCGCCGGCAUGUCGUCCUGUUUUCCCCAUCCAUCAGUGUCGGAACCGCGUGUCACCGAGCGACGCCUGUCACCCAGAACCUGCGGAUCUCCAAGGGAACGCACAGGUAGCCAUCAGGUGGAUCCAGACAUACAUGAACAGCGUGACGCGUUGUGCUGGGUUACAAAAAUAAAUCUUUAUCUGAGGGCCAUCAAUUUUGAUGCUUUAAAAGCUGCCAUUUGCUGCAUUUGCAAACAUUUCAUCAAACUCGUUUUGUGUUCCUCUGGGGUGACACAUAUGAGGCCGGUUAAGUUUUGACAUGAUGGAUGGGAUCGACAACAACUAUUUUUGGGUUCACAAAAUACUGUUUGAUCUACAUGGGAUUCACCUGAGGCCAGCAUAUACAAACGUGAUUCUUCUAAUGCGGCUCUCUGUGAGAAUCGUUUUAUCAGUCAGCAAUGAUGGAGCCUGACGCUGUGUCCUGUAAUUACAAUCUGCCAAACCUGCUUUCCAAGUUCAAACACAGCAAAUGUGUUUGAUUAAGAGAGACUUAUGCAAAUCUAUAUUGAGCCAAAGUAUGUUUGUUUGCUGGUGAGUAAGAUUUAUUUCCGAUUUAAUCCCGUUUACGUGUUUCUUCUUCCUCCCUAGUAGAACGACUAAAUCAUAAGAAAGAAUAAAUGUUUACAAUCAUCAUUUUGAGUUAAUUUUGUGCUUAAACUGAACCAAAUCAUAUUGAUGUCAUAUCAUGACUGAUCAACAUUGAUGGGUGACAGUUUCAGAGGUCACAGAUGUCGUCCUCAUGACAGAUGACACAAACAAUUGCAUUCUGUCGGUUGGUUUUCAGGACUUGUUUAUUAUUUAAUUUUUUUCGUCAUGAUGCCGGUUUUCUGUUUAAUCAGGUUGUUUUAAUCUCAUCUGGACACAAAGUAGCUGAAGAGCUUCAGGAAAGUCGGUCAGAUCAGCCCAUUGAAUUGCUGUAUCGUUAGGACCACACACUGGGCUAAUGAGUGUGGGGGGCUGUUGGGUAAAAGCCUUUCACAUCAUCUCCAUAAAGUCUGUUAAUAAUUACACCCACAAUUGGAUGACCGUGCAUUUUUUGGCAUAAUUUAUAGAGAUGAAUAAUGAUGUCAUAGCAAAGAGGACCAUGCUGUCAGAAAAUUCAGCUUCAUAAAAAAGUAUAUUGAUUGUUGCUAUUCUCUUAAAAUGUAUUUGACAGACAAAAUCCCUCUUUUUUUGCUUAUCUUUGGAGUCUGAAUUGCAAUGGCCGUGUGUGAAUGUAUCUUGGAUAAACGAAUCAGGGUAGAAAUAAUAAAAGCAAUUUAGAAAA